CUGCGGCUGCACCGCGGCCGCCGAGUACUCCACCGACGUCCGCGACUCGGACUGCCGCCGAUACGUGCCGCAGAUCUCGUGGCCGGCCAAGCUGCGUCUGACGAUGAGUAUACGCGAGCGGAACGGGCCGGUCCGACCGCUCCUGGCACCCAUGUACGUGACCAUCACGGAACUCAACAACCGCUCCUCCUGGCGAAACCAUGUGCUGCUGGACGCCGACCUGACCCUCAUAUACAGCCGGAACACGUCGGCUCGCGACCGGCAGCUGGUGGACCCCCAGCGCAUCCGUAUCUUGAUGACGGGCACCGGACUCUACCACUUCCGCCUGCAGGUGGUGGAACACAGCUCCUACAACACCUUCUACGACGACUUUAUGAUAUACGUGGUGCCGUCUCGCCUGAUGUCUCAGGUACAACACGUGGUGUACCCCGUGGUGGGCAUCACCCUCAUCAUCAUGAUGUUCGUCGUGUUCGAGUAUUAUCACCAGCGCUACGUGGGAGCUGGCGACUGA